AAAAAUAGCAGACAACUUAUCCAACUAUUAUAUUCUUAUCCAAUUCAAGGCUUUGAGAGAUCUGGAUUCAUUAAUAAUUGCUAUUUCUGAGAGGAUAAGGCAUAUUUCGUUUGUUUGUUUUUUCAUAGACGGUUGAAAACAAUCAGAAAGGCUGCAGUACCGCAUUUGGCCUGAUGGUGGCGCAUGAGAAACAGUCAUCAUUACGAAGUAAACAGAAGACAGAUGUAACCUUCGGCACUCUGCCAUGCCAAGCAAAUGCCAAUUUCAAAAGCGUUUUUUCUUUUGAUCCGGUACGAGGGUGCUGUGAGCAAACACAGGCUCGUGUCUGGGUGGAGGGAGAGGCUUGGAACCCAAUCCCCGCCGGGAGGGCGUCAUGUGGGUGGGACCUAACGGUGGAAGGCGGCUGUCUCUGCGCCGCUGACAAGGAUCAGCUUCAACGGAGGAGGUUAUCGGGCUGUCCGGACAGAGAAGGAUCCCAGAGACCAAACGCAGAUAUCUUUAAAGGAUGUCCCGGGAGCAGCAGGCGGUGGCUGGAGCCAGGAAGGCCUUCGAAACAGGCCGAUGCCAUAAAAAAGGACCUCAAUAAGAGUGAUGUGGGGACACAGCUCUAUGAGACUCUGGGUCUUGAGGGGGAGAUCAGUCUGGCCAUCAGGAAGCUGAAGGACUGGGCAGCCCCCAGGCCCGUGGAAAAAAACCUUCUGACGCUCUCAGACACCGUUUACAUCCAACCGGAGCCUCUGGGCGUGGUGCUGAUCAUCGGAGCCUGGAACUACCCCUGGGCCGUCACCAUCCAGCCUCUCAUAGGAGCCAUCGCUGCUGGUAAUGCUGCAGUGGUGAAGCCCUCAGAGGUGUGUGUGCACACCGCAAAAGUCAUGGAGGACCUACUGCCAUAUUAUAUCGACAAAGAGCUUUACCCUGUGGUUACCGGAGGGGUGUCGGAAACCCAGGAGCUGCUGCGUCAGAGGUUCGAUCACAUCUUCUACACCGGCAACAGCAUGGUGGGCAAAGUGAUCAUGGAGGCAGCCGCCAAACACCUGACACCCGUCACCCUGGAGCUGGGCGGCAAGAGCCCCUGCUACAUCGACAAGAACUGCGACAUUAGCAUAGCUUGCAGGCGUGUUGCCUGGGGAAAGUAUACAAACUGUGGUCAGACCUGCAUCGCCCCCGACUACGUCCUAUGUGACCCGAGCAUCCAGGACCAGGUCAUCGAAGAGGUCAAGAAGUCCAUCAAGGAGUUCUACACAGAAAAACCAAAUACCUGCCCAGACUACGGACGAAUUAUCAACCAGCGCCACUUCAAGAGGAUCAUGGCCAUGUUGGACGACAGCACCAUAGCUGUAGGAGGAGAUAACAAUGAGUCAGACUGCUACAUAGCUCCCACGGUUCUAAAGGACGUGAAACCAGAGUCAAAGGUGAUGCAAGAAGAAAUAUUUGGACCCCUGCUCCCCAUCUUGACCAUCAGUAGCCUCGACGAAGCAAUCAAGUUUAUAAAUAGGAGAGAGAAACCUCUGGCCCUGUACGUCUUCACAGCAGACGACAAGGUGAUAAAUAGAAUGAGAGACGAGACUUCUAGUGGAGGGUUGCUGGCCAAUGACUGUCUUGUUCACUACUCUGUCAGCUCGCUGCCAUUUGGAGGAGUGGGAAACAGCGGCAUGGGAUGCUAUCACGGCAAGCACACCUUUGACCAGCUGAGCCACCUGAGAAGUUGUCUCAUCAAGAAACUGAAUAUGGAGGGAGUGAACAGCAUGCGCUACCCCCCUCACACAGCCAAGAAACUAGGCUGGGCGCGCUUCUUUAUCCUGAAGACCGCGGACCUCGGCUGGAUCGGCAAGGUGGCGCUCUUGGCUGUGCUGGUAGUGGCUGCUGCCGCUGUGCUGCAGAAAUACCUCCAAUGAAAAUGUCCUGACGCUUCUCACGCCAGAGUCUGCCAUCUUCGUUCUACCAGAGGGAACAAAAGCGCAACAUGACUUUUUCUUAUGAGUAAUAAGAAAUCAUGUUAGAAUCUCCAAUAGCGUAGAAGAGCACAUUUUCAGCGUUGCCUUAAUCCAUUUAUCACUUUAAUAAUAGACUUAUUAACUGUUAAAAUGCACGGAGAUAUUGAUUUUCAUGAAGAAUUACUCGUUCUCAUACAGGGGUCUAAUAUUUUGGUCGCUUCUAUGUUUCAUUUGAAUUUCGUAGAGCAGGUUUAUUAUGAAUCAAAUCAAACUUAAAUUAUAUAGCACUUUUCAUACAAAGACAGCACAUAGUCCUCUACAUGAUAAUAUCACUCCCACCCCAAAAAACUCAAACAUCACUGAGCAAACCCAUAAAACCCCACUACCAAGUAGUCGUGUCCCUGGUGUGGAAGAUCCCCUUGAGGAAGAACAAUUGAAAAGUAAAAAUAAUUUUUAAACAAACCCAAGGGCAAAAAGAAUGAUGAAAGCAAACAUAAAACAAUAAGUACAUAAAUAAGUAAUUAAAUAAUCAAAAGACUGAUAUUUAGAAGUAAAUGAAAUAAGAAACUGAAAUAACUUCAAUAAAUAGAAUUUAGCCAUGAGCUCAUUUAAAAAUGUAGGUCUUGAGCCUCAUGGGUCCCGAGGGCUCACCAUUUAAAAGCAGCCCAGAUAAACAAGAAGGCCCAUUAAGACCAUAAACAAUUAAAAGAACCUUAAAAUCGAAAACUGAAAAGCGCUUUUAAUCACACUUUAUUCACAAGUUAAUUUGUAAAGUUGCUGUAGGAUUUACAGUACGAUGUCAGGUUUAAGGAAUACAUGAAGGACUGGACGAGUAAAGUCGGUCUAUUUUAGGAAUGAGUCUGUUUUUAUUGUCACUACAGAUCAUGUUGUGCCUGUUCUCAAUCGGUGAUGAUCAGCCGUUAGCAUGAUGAUAAUGAUGAUAAUAUUAGUUCAGUGCGGGUGUUUUAUGUGGCCCUGAGCCAACUUUAGCUCAUCAGAGUCAAAUAGGAUCAUGUGAAGGAUGUUUUUUUAAUUUCUUUUUUAUUCAGUCUUCCUCAGAAAAAAAACUCCUUUAACAAAUGUAAAUAUUCUUUAAAACGAUUUUCUGAUCAGUCUACAUUAUAAUGUUUAUCAUGCCGUUAACAUUUCAAGACUUUGUCAUUUCAAGAAGACAUGAUAUGUAAAAGUCUGUCUGAACUAACUGUUUAAAUAAACAUAUUCCUAAACGGUA